CAACCGUUCAUUUCACCACUGGAGAAAGGACAUACGGAAAUGGAAACUGGUUUCCAUUUACUUCAAAAGUUUGACCCAAGAAGGUACUGUAAGAUGCACAGCGCUCAAAAUGCCGAGUGUCUCACGGAUUAUGGCGAAGAUGCGUUUCGCGAAUGCCCCACCGAAUUUUUAACAGCGGAUGCCGAUACUAUCGGCUUUUUUAUUGCUAAGUUCGUGAAGGAGUAA